CCUCUCCUCUCCCCUCUCCAGUACCAUAACAGAUGGUGGGGAAAACAACACUACUGCGGGGGUGCACCACAACAAUAGACAGCAUCUAGCCCGAGAGAAACGGGGCGUCCGUCAUGUCCACUGUUUCCCGGGGAUCCGCGAGGCUGUGAGCUCUGUAGUGAUUUUAGACACGGGGUACCACCACGGCAGCCGAGGAACCUUCUCGCGACUGUCUGGGCUCUCCAUCGAACGGGAAAGAUGGCCGCCAUGAAAAUUUUAACCAGCACGGGGCUGUUCUUAGCGUUCUGUGCGUUGGGUUUGCUUGCCAUUGCGAUAUGCACCGACUAUUGGUACGAGACAGACGCACGGAGACAUCGGGAAAGGUGUAAAAACUACGCAAACAAGCGAAACGAUCCCGGUUACAUCUACAUCUCCAAUCACAACCUCCCUCUGCAAAUGCCUCCAAAUGGCAUAGAAUGGAAAGGUAACGGCCCUAGUGCUGAAGCGCUUCCUCUCGUCAGGGAAAAACGGCACUUUCUGGCCGCUGCCUCCGCGAUGGAGUCCCACUGCAGCCGCCAGUUCAACUCUACCAUCUCUGGGCUUUGGAGAAAGUGUCAUCGUGAAGGAUUCGACCUGGAGACAGAGGACCUCAUUUAUAAAGGGUUGAUACAGCGCUGCACCCCCGUCAAGUACCACUACUCCUCCUCCAUCCUCCCUCGUAAUCUCCCCAUCAACAUCACCAAGACCAUACGCCAGGAUGAAUGGCAUGCGCUCCACCUACGCAGGAUGACGGCAGGCUUCGUGGGCAUGGCCGUGUCCAUCAUCCUCUUUGGUUGGAUCAUCGGUGUGCUGGGAUGCUGUCAGCAGCAUGACCUCAUGCAGUAUGUAGCUGGACUACUGUUCCUCAUGGGAGGGACGUGCUGCAUCAUCUCUCUGUGCACGUGUGUGGCGGGCAUCAACUUCGAGCUGUCGCGCUACCCACGCUACAUGUACGGCCUCCCCGAGGACAUCAGCCAUGGCUACGGCUGGUCCAUGUUCUGCGCCUGGGGGGGUCUGGGCCUCACCCUGCUGGCCGGCUUCCUCUGUACCCUGGCCCCCUCCCUCAGCACCCCCUCACGCACCACCGUGCACAAGCCGCGGCAGGAGAAUGGAACCGUCUGACCGGGGGAACUGGCCCAGCCCACGGAACCCACAAGAAGAAGAAGAGGCCACCCCCCCCCCCCACCCUUAACAUUGUCUUUGCUACAUCACUACCAACACCAUUCCUCCCCCCCAAUCACCACCACCACCAUCCCACAACGUCCUCCUGUCCCCUCCAACUUGUUGAGCAGGGGUGGGAGAAAAGAAAUCAAGACAGAUCCCAACCCAUCUUCAUGUACCUUUGCUGAGGUAGUUGGAGGACCAUUGAAAGCACAGACACAUGAGGCUGGCUGGGGUACAGGCUCUUACAGCACAAUCCAGGCCACAUGUUUUUACAACCUUGGACUCCUGUAUUUACUGACUGUGUGGUGGCCUGAAGGUGACUGCUUUCUUUCAAGAGGAGUUGUCUUAAUAUGGUGCUCUCUUUUACACACACAACAAUGCACACACAAACAUCCACUCUCACACACACACACAAACACACACAUUCCAGAAGCUUCAAGAGAGGAGCAUUAUACUCAAGACAGAACAAAUAAUACAGAACAAACAAACAAACAAGACAACAGGACAGGAACUUCCUGUGAGCGUGUCUCGUGUAGUCAGGUGGUGUGUACGUGUUUGUUAUUGUUCACAAUGGAAAAAAAUAAAA